AUGGGCGGAACAAUCACAAGAAAGAACAUCCGCACAUUGUCUACAAAGGAGCUCGACGACCUCGUCAGGGCAUUCCACGGCAUCCAACAGCUUCCCCCUCAUGAUCCCAACUCCUUCUUCAUCAUUGCCGGUUACCAUGGCGAGCCUUUCAGGGGUGCUGGAUACGCCAAUCCUGCUUGGUGGGGUGGUUACUGCAACCACGGCAAUGUCCUCUUCCCAACUUGGCACCGCGGCUACCUCCUGAGGCUCGAGAAAGCUCUCCAGAGCCAGGUCCCCGGUGUAGCUCUGCCCUACUGGGAUGAGACCGAAAAGGAGUCCCUAGAGCACGGCAUUCCUCCCAUCUUCCUGCAGAGAAAGUACAAGUUCUCCGACACUGGCAAGGAGAUCUCCAAUCCACUGUUCUCGUACACGUUCCAGGCCAGAAUCCAGGAUAGGCUCGAUCCUAUCCCGGAUGCCGACUACACCAAGCCUGUGGGCUAUGAGACCGUCCGCUACCCAUUCUCGGGGCUUGUGGGCCCGAAGGACAAGAGCAAGACCUGGGUUCACAACAAUUCGCUGCAUGAAAUGGGAGAGAAGGCCACGAACAAGAUGCUCAAUGACAACAUUACCACCUGGCUCACCAAGUCUUCUUUCUUGAACAGCGACGGGAAAAGGCAAUCUGCCGGAGUCAAGGAUAAGUAUUACCACUGCCUCGACGCUCCCAAUUACACUGUAUUCUCCAAUACGACUUCCGCGCAGCAAUGGAAUGACGAGGGCCUUCAAGAGCCCGGGUUCAAGUCCGUCGUACCACUCGAAUCCCCGCACAACUUGAUUCACUUGGCCGUCGGCGGUUUCGACCUACCUGGCAGCAACUCUGACCAGAUCGGCGACGCAAACGGCGACAUGGGCGAGAACGACACGGCCGCCUUUGACCCAAUCUUCUACUUCCACCACUGCUUCAUCGACCUCAUGUUCUGGCGGUGGCAGAAGAAGCACAACAAGGAGCACUCACUCGAAAUCAUCCAGGGCUACCCCGGCACCAACUCCGUCGACAAUCAGGGCCCAACGCCCGGCGUGGCGGGCGGCACCUGGCUCACCCUCGACAGCCCCCUCGACCCAUUCAGGAACCCUCACGGCGCGGACAAGGCAAUGACGUCCAAAGACGUGGUCAAUAUUGCCGAGCUGGGCUACGCAUACGACUACCCCGAACCCCCGACGCGGGUCGGCGAGCCUCAUGGUCCGAGUCCCGUGUUGACCGUCAGCGGCAUCAACCGCGCCGCCAUCGGGGGUUCCUUUGUCGUUUCCGCCUGGGCCACGUUGAAGAGCGGAGAAAAGGUGCUGGUCGGGACGGAGGCCGUGCUCAGUCGUUGGCACGUAUCUGGGUGCAAGAAUUGCCAGAACCAUUUGGAGGUCAGAACACAUAUACCGGUUGAAGGCUGGACGAAGAAGGAUACGGACAAGAUGGACUUUGAAAUUGGACUGCAUACCCGUAAUUUGAGCGGUGUCCCCAAGGACGGGCGUGGCGAAGGGGUUCAGAAGCCGAGAUUCAGCCUUGAGACUGAUCAUUUGUAG